GUCGACCACUAUAUAAUCAGCAUGUUUGCAGCUUUAUUCUUCAGUCAGAUUCAGUCUGCCGAGUAAACAACAACUUUGACUCCUCUCAUUCGCCAUGAAUCGCCUUCAUAGAGGAAGCAUUGCGCUGUUGGCUUGUCUGCUUUUGCUACAACUGUCUACCGGCUCCGCCAGCCCGGUCCGUUCUAACCGGAUGACUAGAGUAUUGCCUCGCAGCUUCGGUAACAUCCAGCGAGUCACCCGCAACGACGCCAAUGUGGCAGAGAAAUACUUGCAGACUAGAAUUGCGGAUCCCGUAGCGACUACCCUGGAACCUUUAGCGCCAACCACCGAAGGCUUCUCACCUGUAUUCGAUCAGGAAACUUUGCAUUUGUCAACUAAAAUUCAAGAUGACAUUAGCCCAGCCGUUUUGCCGGAAGCCGACCUGAUCGAUGAGCCAGCUGUAUUGUUAUCAGUAUUUGACGUCGACCAUUCCAGUGUCGUAGAUGAUACUCCACUUUUGAUUGACUUUCAGGAUGUCGUCGAGUCUGUUCCAGUAGUCGAAGAAGAAAUAGCGUCGGAAGUCGAAAAGCAUUCUGACGAUCAUUUCCCGGUCGAAGAAGUGCCAGCGAUUGCGCCGCAAGUGGAAGAUAGCCCUGUCGAUCUUAGAAUAGUAGCAGAAGAGCCUGUGAUUGUAGCUAUCCCAACAGCAGCACCCCAAGUCCCUGCUUUUGUACAUUCUGAACCAGUGGAUGUUCCUCUAGUUGAUGCACCGGUAUCCGUAAUUCCAACUGUUUCGCCAGCUGUUCCGAUUUUUAUCGCUUCUGUGUUGCCAUUGGAACCUGUCGAGUCGCCGGAAGCGGUUCUAGAGAAAGUGGAGAGUGAAGCUCCGGUUUAUUCGCCGCUAAAUUUGCCCGUGCUGGACCCUCUUCCCCCGGCUUCGUAUCCAUCCAGCAAUCCUGUCAGAUCAGAGUUGAGUUCCCAUUUCCCCAAUCGUCCGUUCGGAAUCCUGCCGAAAGCGAGGGAGCUAGGCUUCCCACCAGUUUCCAACACGCGUGAAAAUGUCCUUCGUGAAAUCAACUGGAACGCCAAAGUCGGUCGAGCUUAUCGUUCAAGCUGAUUUAAUUCUAUUCAAUCUUUCAUUUUUUAAAAUUUCGCUUCAAAUAUUUUUUCGUCAACGGCCAAUACAUUUACAAGUUUUUCUUUU